AUGAAGGGGCCCCUCGACGAGGAGGAGCGUUUCCGCAUACCAAGGUCCGUCUUGCAUGAUCUCCUCAUGCAGGUGGGCACAAUUGGCGUGGGGGCUGUAGUUGGCAUAGACUUGGACUUGGACAUGGACAUGGACAUGGACAUGGACAUGGACUUGAAGACAUUCGAACAGUCGACAAUCAAGGUUGAGCGCGCUCGAGCUUGA